AUGGUGAUAGAAAACAAUAUCGGUAAGACGAUAAUAACUUUUGUGGAAAAAUAUAUCCCAUGGUUACACAUCGCACAUUUCUUCUUCAGCAUACUCCUUUUAAAUUAUCUAUUGAUUUGUUACUUAACCCCGUCCUUUUGGUAUUCUCAUAAAGGAUCAGAACUUCCCUCUGCAGAAACAAACUCUAUAAAUUUCCUUCACGUGAAAAAACAGUAUGAAAAAUUUGAACACAUUGGUAAGUAUCAUGGUUAUGUCAGCUCCUCAAUAUCUUUUGCAUACAUCUUUUUUUGCUUGUUUUUUUAUUUUCUAAAAUUCGUAACCCUUUGGAAUCAUCAUGGGGAUGAUGCUAACAUUUCCAGGGGUGGAAGUGUGAGACGUGUGAGACGUGUGAGACGUGUGAGAAGUGAUAGAAGUGAUAGAAGUGAUAGAAGUGUUGGAUAUGCCACAAAGAAAGUCAAACGGGACAAUGGAUUCUAUGUCACAAAGGGCAGGGACCAAGUGUGGAUCACAGGAAGCCACUUUUUUUUAUACAUUUUCCUCACAACACUAGUUACACGAAUGGGUGAAGGGAACCAUUUGUACUUCCUAUUCAUCCUGAGCAUAUGCGAAAUAAACACACCCCUUAUGACGCUCAUGAAUAUCAUAAAAGCUGUAAAAUAUGGGUAUAAAAGUGCAUAUUUGAAAAAAAAAAAUUCUGAACAGUCAGGUAGAAAUAAAAUUAAAAGGCGAGAUCUUUUUCUUUUCUUUUGUUAUUUCGUCUUUGCAAGGUUGUCAAACAAAAAUUCUCGUCGCGCUAGAGGAAGCAGCAAGGAUAACAAUGGAUGUGGCAAUGAUAGAGGUGAAAGAGAUGGACAAGGGGAAAAUACUCAUGAAAAUUUCUUAAAAAAAAGAAAACCACAAGAUGUACACAACCGAAAUGAUUCCAUUGGAAGGAGUCAAAAAGGUAGAAGCGUCAUCCCGAACGAAUCAAAGAAGAAGGUGUUCAUUCGCAGUUGCUUCAAGUGGUUCCUGGAUUGGCUAGGGAAAUGUUCUCAUCGGAUGAGCACCCCUUUCCCUUCUUCUCUACUUGGUAUUGAAGAAACAUCAGCAGAGAGGAAAGUCGAGCCAAGAGAAACAUCCAAACCAGUAGAUUCUCAAAUCAAGAUGCUCAAUUUUGGAAAACACUCACGGAAAGGAGAUUGCGAAUGGAAUCACAUGAAUGGAAGGAAAAACAAAUCAAAGGUAGGGAUAACCCCUGACAUGAACCCUGAAAUAGAUGUGAUUGGAAAAAACUUAGCUAGGACUAAUAUGUCUAAUAAGAAUUCAUCCAUCAGGACACAAAGAAACAUUCGGAGCGAACACUUCAAGACAAAAUGUUAUGAUACACUGCACAAUGGGGAAAAGAAAUGUGAAGAAUGUGCUUGUUUCACCUCAAGGAAGAAUGAAGUAAUUUUCAAUAAAAUGAGAGUCUCUUCUGGUUCUUUGACAGAUGAUAGGUCAACCACUGAAGAAGAGGAAUACGCAAGGGUCAGAAGAAAUGCAAACAUGUACAAAAAUUAUUAUUAUGAACAUUUUAAUAAGAAAAGUAGAAACGAAAAUGAAGAAGGGGAGAACGAUUCUGGGUGUGAUGACAUUUCGAGGAAUAAUUUUUUUAGCCAUGUUGCUAAGGAGAAAAAAGAAUUUCGUGUCAUUCAAGUGGAAGCAGAGGAAGGAGCGGAUGCAAACGAUGCAGACGAAGAUGAGGAAUCCAACAAAGGAGACAAUAAAAACUUCAACAAUUCAGAUAAUUCCUCCCGAGGAUGGUCAUGCUUUCCCAACGCAUACACAGAGGAAGAUAAGGAUGAGGUAAAGGCAAAUGUAGAUUUUACAAAUGAUAAAGUGACAAAAAUGAAGGACAAAUCAAGUUACACACCCGUGUAUUAUUCCCCAUCUAUUAUAAAAAUGAAUAGUGAGAGAAGAAGAAGCAGCUGCCAUAAUAGUAGUGGGCAUGAUUCUCUGAAUGAACAACCUAUGUGUGAGAAAAAUUAUAAACAUGUGCAUAACAUUCCAAUUCAUGAAAAGGAAGAAAAAGUCUGUGGAGGAGGAGAGGUAGUUAAAAAAAACGACAAUUUUUGCUGCAACUACGAAAAAGAAAAAUCAAAAAAUGUUGAAAAAUCGGGAGGAUGUUUAACUGAAAAAGGAAUAAAAGGUUUGAUUAAUGUCACAACAGUUGAGGUAAAAAGCGAUGAUGCGAUCUCCUCUAGCCACGGAAUUAUAUGUGGGAAGUUAGAUGGGGGCACAGAUGAGUGGGAAGGAUCGGAGAAACCCUUCUUGGGAAAUAUUAAUGUUCAUAGAAGCGGGAAAAUAAAAAAUCACUCGCAUCAUUCGAGUCAUCCACAAUACCAUCCCUCGCGUGUGCGUCGCAAGAGCAUCAAAAGACGAGUGGAGGAGAAAAUGAGAAAUUCCCUUUUCUGUGCAUUGAAUGGGAAGAAAGGUUUACUUGAAGAAACAUAUUUAGACUACACCGAUAUUUGCAGUGGCCAUAAAAACAUAGAACUAAAAAAGGAAAGAGGGAACUCCUUUGAAAAGAAAGUAAAUUUUUUUUUGUCUAAAUUAAAAAGAAAAAUGGAAAUAUGUGCAUUUUUAAAUCACAUAUAUAAAACCAUUUUGCUGACAUACAUUUUAUCACUUUUGUUGGUAAAGGGAAUUCUUAUGUAUGCAAUUUUGUAUUCCUUUCUGUAUGUUCGUUUAUAUUCAUUUCUAUUCCCCACAAUUAUUCUUUCCCUAAUGGAAAUUUGUUAUUUUUGUCUCUUCCAUUUAUAUAUGCAAGAGUAUAAGACAUUGACCUUUUUCACUUCUCGCUAA